GGCAGCCAGCCCGGCUCCUCCCUCAGGUCCACAAGAUCCAUCCAUGCCUGAUGACCUGGUUCCUGGAAGGCCUGCUCCUGUGGCUCCAUUGCCGUCGCCUGAGGACCCGGCUCCUGUGCUGCCUGCUCCGUCGCUUCCACUGCCUGCUGCGCCAGUGGAACCUCCGCCUGUGGACCCUCGAGUACCGGUGGCCCCGGGUGCUGGUGGGGCAGCGGCUCCUGUACGGGUCCUGAUCUGUGGCCAUUCGUUGGUCUUUUGGGCCUUCAAGCGGACCAGCACCUCCCACUGGGGUUCACAGCUGGGGUUUGGACGAAGAGCCCUGGUGUAUUGGUUGGGCAUGCGGGACAUGCUGUGGAGUCAGCUGCUCCCGGCCAUUAAGGAUCACUUAGCUAGAUUCCCUGUGCCCACCGUUCUUGUCCUUCACUUGGGUGAGAAUGACUUAGGCAGGCGGACUGGCCUGUCCAUGGUGCAGCAAGCCGCUUCCGAUUUGACCGUACUGCGCAGGUGGAUGCCCGGGGUUCGUAUCCUCUGGAUCAAUUGGCUUCAGCGCAGGGUUUGGCGCGCUGCGUUUAAUGGGUUUAAGUUAGAAAAGGCCUGGCGCAAGGUUUCGGCAGCCAUAGGUAAGUUAGUUUUGGCGGCUGGGGGGGACAUCAUUAGGCAACCUGAUUUAGCAGCUCGCUUCCAUGAGCUAUAUCUCCCGGAUGGUGUUCACCUUUCUGAGGCUGGGUGAGAUUUGUAUUUACGCAAUAUUCGGAAUGGGCUUGCUGCACUGUUGGAUGGCAUGGGGCAGGGAGGCCAAGCAAGGGCUGACCUCCCUGGGUAGCAGUAACAGUGCAGGCUAAGGGGUAAGUGGUUGGUUAGAGUAUGGUGAGCACCCUUGGAUAUUGUAAGGUGGAAUGGUCAAUCGCUCCUUUGUAGCCUGUGCGGCACGGGGAGAAAUUGAUUGCCAGGAAACCUGCUUAAGGAUUUCAUCAACCUUUGGGCUGUGCGGUCCGGGGUGGGUAAAGACCUUGAGCUGUCCAGAUCCCCUCUUCUCUGGAGGGCGGUUGGCUUUGAAGGAGACAGGUGGGGUAUACCCGCUUGUUUCCUGAGCCAGGGUGUGUCGCCCAUGUCAGGUGAUGAAUAGGAUGGUAGCAUCCUAGCUCACGCCUAGGGGCCCGCACUGUUCUAUGUUGGUGAUUAAUCACCUGGUUUACAGUCCGCCUAUGCCUAUGUGUUUAUUAAUAAACGUGGCCCGUUUCAUCCA